UCUUCAUCUUCGCCAAAUAUCACAAUUUAUAGAAACUUCCCCCUUUUUCUCUCUCUCUCUCCCAAUCUGUCAGUUUCUCUCUCUAUCCCCAUCUCCGCCAUUCCUCACUCAUUCCCCUCUUAAAAUUGCAAAUAUCAUCACGCUCCAGAUCAUCAUUUCACUACCCCCCCUUUCUUUCUCUCUCUAGGGUUCCAGAUUCCACCCCUCUCUCUCAUUUUCUAGAGAGAGGAAAUUCAAAGGAAUAAUACUGUCUUUUUCCGCUUUCUUCCUUCAGAUUCCUGCUGAUUCUGAUGAAAAAUUAAAAAAAGAGCGAUUAGUUUAUACAUAAUCGUAGACGUAGAUCGGUUUUUCUGCUACAGAUUCGAUUAAUUUUGUUUUUUCGUUGUUUUUCGAUUGAUUUUUUUGACGAUUGAUUGAAUUUUGGAUUAUUAUCACCGGUUUCUGAUACAAAAUCGAGGAAAUUGUUUGGCGGAUCUGUAGCUGUCUUUUGGAAUUGUGAUUUCUCGUCUGAGUUUGAUCCGGUUGUACGUUUCGUGAUGGAAGAUGUGUUACUCAUGGCCAAGAAAGUAGUGUCAUGUUAAUAUGUGUUCUUCAUUGCCUGGGAAAAUAAGUCCAGUCUGGUGAACUUAGAUGAUAUGCAGUGGUUCUUUAAGUAAUAUCAUAAUUCAAGCCGGGUGUAUCAGAGCUCUUUCUAGAGGAAGUUUAUGGUUGGGGACUGCGAGACGAGUUUUGCAUGAAAAUCCUUGCCCUUCAUAUUCCUGGAGUUGUGCAAUUAGAAGGUUCAGGGCAAGUGCAAAAAUGAUGGUUGAUACUGGUUCCAUGCAGAAUCGGGGUUCCAUAGUGGGUGUCUUGCAAGAGAAAGGGGACAGUGGUGGCGUUGCAAGUGGAGGAUGCAAAAGCGAAGAUGGAAAGUUAAGCUGUGGAUAUUCAAGUUUCCGGGGAAAAAGAGCUAGCAUGGAAGAUUUUUUUGAUGUCAAAAUGUCUAAAAUGAAUGGGAAGACUGUCUGCCUCUUCGGAAUAUUUGAUGGUCACGGUGGUUCUCGUGCAGCAGAGUAUUUGAAGGAUCAUCUCUUUGAGAAUCUCUCAAAACAUCCACAGUUUAUGGAAGACACAAAAGUGGCAAUAAGUGAAACAUACAAGCAAACGGAUGUGAACUUCUUGGAUUCUGAAAAGGAUACUUUCAGGGACGAUGGGUCCACAGCUUCAACAGCGGUACUCGUUGAAAACCAUCUUUAUGUUGCUAAUGUGGGAGAUUCACGAACAGUAAUAUCCAAGGCUGGAAAAGCAAUCCCCCUUUCUGAAGAUCACAAGCCAAACAGAGUUGAUGAGCGGAAGAGAAUCGAGAGCGCUGGUGGUGUUGUGAUGUGGGCAGGGACUUGGAGGGUCGGAGGUGUAUUAGCUAUGUCUCGUGCCUUUGGAAAUCGCAUGUUGAAACAAUUUGUUGUGGCAGAACCUGAAAUUCAGGAACAAGAGAUCAAUGAGGAACUUGAAGUACUUGUGCUUGCUAGUGAUGGCCUUUGGGAUGUUGUCCCUAAUGAGGAUGCUGUUUCAAUUGCUGGGGCAGAGGAAGAACCCGAAGCAGCUGCUAGGAAAUUAACUGAGACCGCUUUUAACCGUGGUAGUGCUGACAAUAUCACCUGCAUCGUGGUAAAGUUCCACCAUGAGAAGGCAGGUAGGCCGCAGCUUGAGCAACCAAAGGCACCUGAGCUCCAAGAAGACAAAAGUGAGGAAUCCGAGCUCCAACAAGACGAGAAGAAUGUUUCAGAGCUCCAAGAUGACGAGAUGAAAGAAGUGGAUCUCCAACAAGACCCGAGCAAAGAAGCCGAGGCCGGACAGGAGCUGGUCAAAGAAGCCGAGGCCGGACAGGGGCUGGUCAAAGAAGCUGAGGUUCAAAAAGAGGAGAGCAAAGAAGCCGAGGUUAAAAAUGACGUGGUCUAGGAGGUCAGCAUAAUGAAAUUGUUUCGGAGUUCUCCCCUCUACAUUUCUCUUCCUGCUAUUUGGUUCGUUUUAAUGGUUAUUAUGGACCUCGGUUCUGGUAAACUGCAUGUUUAGUAUCUGUCCAUAUGAUAUUAUUCCUCAGUAUUCGCAUUUUGGUUCUGUAGUCAAAAUUAGCGAAUGAAAUGAGUAUGUUUAACAACCUGACCCUUGUUGAUGCACAAUUAGAAUUUGUUAGCAGUUGAACAUAAAAGGAAAUGUACGUUUCUAAAUGAUGCAUCAUGCAUAUAACCUUUUAUCUCAAUAGUAUGGUACUACUGAUCAUUACUUUUACAGCCAAAA